AUGGAAAGUGCCACUCAAAUGACUCAAUCUGGACUUCCACCCUCAACUGAGGAGGGGCCUGGAGGAGUAACCCUAGGCACUGAGACAAAUGCUCCUCAGCAGCCUGAGGUUAAUCCUGCUGUUCCUGCAAAGAAGAGGAAGAACGUGGAGUCUAGAUCUAAGGUCUGGGAACAUUUUGAAAAGAUCUAUGAUUCUGAAAACAAAGUAAUAAAGGGGAAAUGUAUAUACUGUGCUAAAUUCUAUCAAUCUGAGAGUAAAAAGCAUGACACUACCUCUUUAAGAAAUCAUAUGUAUGCCUGUCUAAAAAAUCCACACUCUAAGGAGACUAGGAACUCACUGCUUACUUUCACUGCUGUGACAACAUUUGAUACUCAAGGGGGUUCUGAAGGGGUUGUUGGGGAGUUAGGGACUUGGGUUUUCAAUCAGGAAGCCAUUAGGAGGGCAUUAUGUGGACAAUUUCAAGGGACAUUUACCAAAUUUACGUACCUUGAUGAAAGAUUAAACCUUAAGAAGCUGUUUAGACUUAACACUCAAAGGUGGAAGCUGAAUAAGAAAAUCAUAUCCUUUGUCCCUAUUUCUUCUCACAUGGGUGAGCAUAUAGCUAAGGCAUUAGAGAGUUGUUUGAUUGACUGGGGGAUUAGGGAUGUUUUUUCUGUCACUGUAGAUAAUGCUUCUUCCAAUGAUACUGCUAUGGGAUGGGUUAGGUUUGCAGAUAGUUCUGUUAAGAAGGUGAGGGAUUCUGUUAGAUGGAUGAGGAACUCACCUGCAAGACUAAAAAAAUUCAGAGAUCUUGCAGAACUGCUUGGGGUGGAAGCCAAAAGUUCUUUACAACUAGAUGUUCCAACAAGAUGGAACAGCACCUACAUGAUGCUUAGCACUGUCAUACAAUACAAGGUUGUGUUUGAUGCAUAUUCAUUGAAUGAGCCCUCAUUUGCUGCUGAUAUGGGUGAUUCUGUCCCUUCUUUUCUUGACUGGACAUCUGUUGAAUGUUUGGUAGUUCUGUUGAAAGGGUUUUAUGAGAUGACAAUUAGAAACUCUGGUUCUCUAUAUGUCACCUCUAACAAUUUCUUCAGUGAGAUAUCUAAUUUGAGUUGCAUGUUGAGUAGCAUGAUUGUUGCUGGUAGUGCUACAGAGGUUAUGGGAUCCCAAAUGAAAACUAAAUUUGAAAAGUAUUGGGGAGAUCCUGAAAAAAUGAAUUCAUUGAUCUUCUUUGCCAAUAUCUUGGACCCAAGAGAUAAGUUGGAAUAUAUGUCAUACCAGUUUGAGGAACUGUAUGGUAAAGAUAAUGGGAAGAAGUAUUUAGAGAAUGUCCAAGCUGCCAUGGUAGAAUUGUUUGGUGACUAUGCAGCAACCUACUCUGUCAAUGUGCAACAAUCAUCUUCUGAUUCAUCUUCUGGUAGCCAACCAGAUGUGCCUCCUAUCCAGUCUCAUACCACAAUUGGUAGACCUCAAAAUAUGUUAAAGAACAAACUAAAAAGGCAAAAAAUGGAGGCUAGUGGAAGCUAUAAAGAAACAGAACUUCAAGUCUAUUUAAGUGAAAAAAUUGUGGAGGACACUCCUGACUUUGAUAUCCUUAGGUGGUGGAAGCUAAAUAGUGAGAGGUUUCCUACUCUCUCCAAAAUGGCAAGGGAUAUCCUAGCAGUUCCUAUUUCCACUGUUGCCUCGGAAAGUACAUUUAGUACUAGUGGGAGGGUAUUAGAUGCAUUUAGGAGUUCUCUAACUCCUAAAAUUGUGGAGGCCUUAGUAUGUGCACAAGACUGGAUGAGGUUACCAAAUCAACCAGUUAAGGUUGAGGAAAAUAUUGAUGAUGUUGAAAAGCUUGAACAAGACUUGGCUACUGGAGUAAGUCGAUUUGGAACCACAAGAUUUGGUGCUGCUGGUUUUCCCCUUCCUACCAUUUCUUAUCAGCCUACUGCUUAUAUGAAUGUCAUCUCAUCUGGUAAUAACAGUCACUCUACCUUAGUCCCUUAUUCUCAAGUGCUCACUGCUCAGAAGAUCAUGAAAGCUGAACUGCUGAGUGCUGAAGGCUGA